GAAACUUGGAACGAGAAAGGGCGCCAAGCUCCGUUGCUAAGCGGUAAAGAGGAUGCCUGGCCUAGUCCAGAAUGAGUGUAAUGGAAGGGGGAGCCCUAACAAAAGAAAACGACUUUCCCUUAAAUUCUUUCAGAAAAAAGAAGCCAAACGAGCUCUUGAUUUUACUGAGAAGGAAGAAACUGAACACUGUCCUUCGGAGCCAAAAAGGCUAGAUAAGUGUGACAAGACUGUUUCUGGAACCCAGCUGGUAGCUUCUACAGUUGAUUAUGAAAAGAGAGAGCAGCUUCUGCCAUUUGUUGGCCUAAACAAUUUGGGAAAUACAUGUUACCUCAAUAGUGUGCUUCAGGUAUUGUAUUAUUGCCCUGGAUUUAAAACUAGGAUGGAAUUUAUGAAUGACAUAAUCAUCAAGAACCAAGAGAUGCUGAAGAGUGACGAGGAUCCCAAAACAGACCAGGACAUAACAAAUGGUCGAGAGGAAUUGCCAGUUUGCUUAGAGCUGAUCUGUAAUUUGCAUAGUUUGAUUGGGUUGAUGGAACAGACUCAGGCCAGCUACCUUCUCAAUGCCGAGAAUUACACAGAGGGGGAGCUUGCUAUUCAGCCUAAAAGACUGAUGGGUACACUGAGAGAGCUGAAUCCAAUGUAUGACGGAUAUCUCCAGCAUGAUGCACAGGAAGUUUUGCAGUGUAUUUUAGGAUACAUCUUAGAAGCUUGCCAGUUAUUAAAGAGUCAUACAUCUGCUGAAGAAAAGAUUGAUCCCGAAACAUGUGUGGAGAAUAAACUAUCCACUGAAAUAUCUUCUGAAAUCUCAAGCAUCAGUAAUGUUGUACAAGAAAACCAUGAAAUGCCUGAUCUGGAGAAAGAGGAAACACUGAAGAAAAAUGGUAAAAGAAAAAGUGUUACGCAAGUUGGCAAUGCCAUGAAAAGGUCUAAACUGCCAAAAGAUCCAAAAAAUAUACAAGGGAAGCGACAAACUAAAGGGAAGAGAAAAUCUUCGGGAGACAAUAUUGAGCAAGAGUUUGAUACUGAUACUAGGAAUAUAUCUGAAAGUAGCACUGCUGGCAUUGUUGCCCAGAAAAAGACACGACUUGGGUUAAGAUGGCUGAAGCCAACAGUGAACCAACCAAGUAUACUUUCAAAAUUCUGUAGUCUUGGAAAAGUGACAUCAACUAUAAGCACAAAAGAACCAAGUAACAACGAUGCAAGUGGAUGUCAACCAGAUUAUGCUGUAAACUCAGUGGUGACAGAUUACCACUGUUCUUCAUCAGGCUCUACAACCCAAUGUGAUAAGGAAAUCAGUGAGAAAAAUCAAGACCUGUGUGAAAUUGAGGGUAUGAGCACAAGUAAAGCAGAGCUGUCUGGCUUAGAGAUGAUAGAUGGAAUGUUCCAAGGACAAUUAGUUCUAAGAACACGAUGCUUAGAGUGCGAGUGUUACUCUGAACGAAGAGAGAAUUUCCAAGACAUUAGUGUACCUGUUCAAGAGAAUGACCCCAAGGACAAAGGAUCUGAGAUCUCACCAGAACCGAAGAUGGAGAUAAAAACACUGAACUGGGCAAUAUCACAGUUUGCUUCAGUGGAAAGAAUCGUUGGUGAAGACAAAUAUUUCUGUGAAAACUGUCAUCAUUACACAGAAGCUGAACGCAGCUUGUUGUUUGACAAGAUGCCAGAAGUUGUGACAAUCCACUUGAAGUGCUUUGCAGCAUGCAACUCAGAUUUGGAACCUUACGGCAAUCUCUCAAAAGUGAACACUCCCUUACUGACUCCUCUUACACUUUCACUGGAAGAAUGGAGUACUAAAGAGGCCAAUGACAGCUAUGAACUAUUUGCUGUGGUCAUGCAUAAUGGGGCAUACUCAGUAAAUCCAAGAAACAUAAUAGAAUCGAUGAAAGACCACACCCAACAGGAUGGAUAAACAACCAAUUAAUUAAAGUUAAAGCAAAUAAAAAGCAACAAAUAUCGGGACCAUGAGAGUCCUUGGAAGUGAGUCCAGAGGCUGUGGGAACAGUUCAGUGUUGGGGUGAGUGAAGUUGAGUACAGUUAUCCCCACUGGUUCAAGAUCCUGAUGCAGAUCAAGAAAGAAAAUGCUACUUUCUACAGUGGGAUGUAUUCUGCUGAAAUGGAUACCUUUGUUUAUUUAUUAUGCCUUAACUAAUCAAGCACAACAGUUAUGUCUUCUAGACACCAUCGCUUUUACAGAAAAUGUAAUAAAUAUAUUGUUCAAUCUCUCUUUUUGUGUGCUUCUAUUGUCUGGAAAUCUGUAUAAAGUCUGUUAAAGCUUACAGCAUCUGUAACGCAGCUAUGUAAAACUCGGGUCAGGGUACAUUUGGAUUAUUGUCACAGUACAGGAAGGAUAUGGAGGCUUUGGAGAGGAUGCAGAAGAGAUUCACAAUAUUACCUCUUUUAGUGAUGAGAAUUUGUACUGACUCAGGAUAGUUUUCUCUGGAGUGUUGAAUGCUGAUGGGAUGAGCUGACUGAAGUACACUAACUAAUUAGAGGCAUAGAUAGUGCAGAUAGUCUUUUUCCCAGUAUGGAAAUGUUAAGCACUAAGCGACACAGUUUUAAGGUGAGGGGGGAAUGUUUAAAGGAGUCUUACAUGGUUAAGAUUUUUAAUGCAGAGAGUGCAAGGUGCUAGAACAUGCUACCAGGGGAGAUGGAUAUAACAGCAACGAUUAACAGGCAUAUGAACAGGCAGAGAGUGGAGGGAUACAUGUCCAAAUGCAGGCAAUUUAAAAAGGCUUCAUGGUCACCAUAAACAUGGUGGGCCAAGGAACCUGGUUCUGUACUGUUUAUGUUUUAAAUCUAAUUAACCACCAAGAUAAUGUGGACUUUCUAAUUGUGAUCAAAAGAUGAAAUGAAGCUAAGAACGUAAAUAGAUGUGCAGUUAACCAUGUAUGUGGUAGCUGUUAGUUGGUGGAAAUAGGGCAGCUUUGAACAGCUUGAUGGCCUAUACUUGUCUUCUUGCAAAGGGGAAAAAUGAAGGUGGCUUACAGCGCAGGUUUAAGCAAUUUAACACUAUAAAUAAACUUUGGUUAGAAAGAAGGAUGGAAAAUCCAUAGGUAGUGUCCUUUAUUUAAGCAUUUGAGUGAAAAUGAGAAGUUCCCCAUAGUUUCUGCACCCAAAUGCAAUGACAUCUGGGAGAAUUCCAACAGAAUAUAGCAGUACUUAAACAGUAAUUCAAGCAUUAAUUUUGAAACCAUCUUCUGCAUGUACUUCACUUAUGAAUCUAUCGAAUGUUGAAAGGUCUUGACAGAGUGGAUGUGGAGAGGAUGUUUCCUAUGGUGGGGGGGGGGGGGUCUUAUAUCAGAGAACACAGCCUCAGAAUAGAGGGACAUCGAUUUAGAACGGAGAUGAGGAGGGAUUUCUUUAGCCGAAGAGUGGUAAAUCUAUGGAAUGUGUCGCUACAAGCAGCCGUGGAGGCCAAGUUAUUGGGUAUAUUUAAUGCAGAGGAUGAUAGAUUCUUGCUUAGUGCAGACAUAAAGAGAUACGGGGAGAAAGCAGGAGAUUGGGGCGGAGAGGGAAAUGGAUCAGCCAUGAUGAAAUGGUAGAGCAGACUCGAUGGGUUAAAUGGCCUAAUUCUGCUCCUAUAUCUUGUGGUCUUAAAAUGGGUGAUCUCCCCUUCCCAAAUUCUAUGGCCAAUAAUAUAAUUCCCCAAUUAUAUUUAAAGUGCACAUAGGUGAGAUUACCUUCAUUAAGGGAACACUAAGUCACUAAGUUACAGAAACAAACGUAACAAGCAGCAAGAAAAUAUCAGCACCUUGCCGGUGACUCCAAAAGAUGUUUUUUAUGAGUCACUGUUAAAUGUUUUCUAAUAGAAGAUGUAAUCAAUGAUUUUCAACUGGUUAUAAUCUAAAAAUAGCAAUUUAAUUAGUGGGACGACAUAAAAAGGGAUUAAGUACAGAAGUAGAAGACAGCAAGAGGUAAAGGACUACACAGAUUACAAGGUACAAUAACUUAAAAAGUAUAGCUUGAAUAAAUUACACCAGUUACAGGAGACGUAUGUAGACUGAAAUGUGAGAAUAAAGGAACAAAGGAUUGAGAAUGAAGAUCGAGAAUGAAGUAGAGAAAGGUUUGCAGAGGAAAAUGGAUGAAGAAAAAGCUGGAGAAGAUACAGGGUAGCACAUGGAGAGAGAAAAAAGGACAUUUUAAUCUGCAAGAUCCAGUCAUAGCCUAGAAUGUUUUAAAUUGGAAUGUAAAAUUGCCAGCAAUAUAUUUUGAUUAAAGAAACUCUACUGUAGUAUACAUCUCUUAAUAAAUGUAACACUUUCAAUCACAACAGCCUAUGGAAUUAAACAUGAAAAAAGAUUGUUAAAUGUCACAUUCUGCAUUUCACUAUUCAUGCUACAAGCUUUAUGCAAAUGCAGUUUUAAUGCUUUAAUCUUCAAGCCACAUGCAGAUCAGCAAAGAAACCAGAGCAAGCAGAGUUCCACCAUGGCCCUCACUGCCCAUGUGGUGUGCAUAGCAAGCAGCCUACACAGCGUUGAACUAAAUGUAGAGAAACGAUGACUGCACUAGAAGAUUCAAUAGACCAAAUUGCUUAAAGAUGGGCAAAGUCUUUUAUGAUUUUAAAUGACCAUUCUUUCAAAUUGCUAACAAUACUUAUAUACUAAUCUUUAGACAGUUAUUUGGGCUAAAUCCUGAGAAAGUGUAAAUAGGUUAGUGGCCAAAAAAAGCAUAAAGCAAAAGAGUGAAGAAUAUAGAUUCACACAGAUUCAAACAUAAUUUCCCUACUACUAAACUUGAUGCCUUGACUGAUGAAGACCAGCAACCCUAAAUGCCUUCUCCACCAGCAAUGUCCACUGGCACAGCUGCUUUCAGUGAACUGUCCACUUGUAGUCCCAGGUCCCUCUGUUCCACAAUAUUCGUCAGUACCCUGCCUUUCACCGUAUAAAUCCUACCUUGUUUGACUGUGUUCAAAACGCAAUACCUUACACUUACAUAAGUUGAAAUCCAUUUGCUGUUCCUCAGCCCAUCUCCAUAACUGAUCAAGAUUUCUUUCCAAUUCAUUGUAAUCUGCUUCACUAUCAACAAGCUCCCCAAUUUAAUAGCAUCAGCAAACUUACUAAUUAUGUCAUGUACAUUUAUAUCCAAAUCAUUUACCGUAUAUACAUAAUGAAUAGCAGAGGUCCCAAAACUGAUCCCUGGAGUACCCCACUAGUCACAGCCCUUUAGUCAGAUAUUCGACCUUCAACCGUCACCUGUUUCCUUUUAUUGAGCUGAUUCUGAAUCCACCUCGUAAGCUCCCCUUCAUCUUAAUCAAUCUAAUCUUCCUGAUCAGUCUAUUAAAAGCUUUUCACAAGCUUCACAAAAGUCCAAAUAGACAACAUCCACUGCCCUGCCCUCAUCUAUCUCUUCAAUAAACUCCAAAAGAUUUGCCAGAUAUGACCUCUCAUCCACAAAACCAUGCUAUUUCUGAUGAGGCCUUGAUUAUCCAAGUGAUGGUAGAACUUGUCCCUCAGAAUCUCCUCCACUAACUUCUCUGCAAGUGAAGUCAGCACUUGUCAGCAUUCCGUACCUCAGUCACCGCUACAAAGUCGAAACUGUGACCUCGCUGCCUACUAUCACAGUAAGAAUAUCUUCAACCCUCAGAAGAAAAUGUAGCUGAUCACUGUCCUGUUAGGUGCAGGAGAGAAAUGCAGGCUUUGACAGCGAGACCCACCUUCAACAAGAAUUUUUUAAAAAUGUCUCCAACAGGUUAACUGUGUUCAAAAUAAAAAUAAAUGACAGAUGCGGUAGAUGUGAAAUAAAAACAGAAAAUACUGGAAACACUCAGCAGAUCUAGAAGCAUCUGUAGAAAGAGACAUAAUGGCUAAAAUUUCAGGCUGAAGAGUAUUUGUUGGAAUUGAGAGCAGUAAGAAACAGCUUAGUUCUAAGGAGCAGGAAGAGUGAAUGGAUCGACAGCAUAGAGCAAAGGGCAAGCCAGAGAGAACCUGGUUGAUAGAUUAGUAACAUUUAGUGAGAGAAAAUGUGGCUUAAUCUUCUCUCUCUUUCUAACUGUUCUCACUAACCUGCCAACUAGAUAACUUAGGAUAUCAGAGCAGGUAUGUCUGGCGCGCUUCUAUCCUCUGAUUAUGCACCCUCCACUGUCUGUAUUAACCUAUCCAUCUAAAACUAUCCCAAAAGCAAUCCUGUCCUCACUCUUACAAAGAUAUCACAAACAAGAGAAAGACUACACAUGCUGGAAAUCCAGGCAACACACACAAAAUCCUGGAGGAACUCAGCAGGCCAGGCAACAUCUAAGGAAAAGUGUAAACAGUCGACGUUUCAGGAUGAAACCCUUCACAAGUCCUGCAAGGGCUGUUCUCUUUUUCACAGAUGCUGCUUGGCCUGUUGAGUUCCUACAGCAUUUUGUGUGUGUUGCUCUCAGAGAUAUUCCCUUUUAUGCUUUCCAUCAAUCCCAAAUCUCUCUGUAAAACUAACACAUUUUAUGUUUCCUAAUUCGGUUUCUUCCUUUUUAUUUAUUUAGGGAACAGGCCUUUCCAUUCAAAUGUACCCACGUGACUAAUUAAAAUAAUAAUGUGUAUGCCUUCGGAAUGUGGGAAGAGAUCAGAGCAGCUAGAGGAAGCCCAUGGAUCACGAAGAACAUACAAACUCCUUCCAGACAGCAGCAGAAUUGAACCUGGACUGCUGACACUAUAAUGGCGUUAUGCUAACCACUACACUAUCAUGCAGCUGAUGAAAGAACUUCAACCUGAAGGGUUAACUCUGUCUCUCCACAGAAUCUUCCUGAUCUACUGAAUAUUUCCAACAUUUUAUAUUUUUGGUCUGAUUGCAUGCUUGAGUUACAAAGGAGAGCAUCAUGGAACAGUAAGGAAUAAUUUGCAACCCAUUGCUUCAUCAGACAUGCUACUGCAGGACCAACAAGGAGCGAUAUGCCAGAAGUGGGGGCACCAUGGGGGAGGAGGAGACCCUUUUUUACUUUAUUGAGUCAUAAAGAAGCAGAUCUUUUUAUUUGUUUGACAUUCGACAUUGCAUAGGAUUAUGAAUAAGCACUUCCAAAAGAUGUCACAAUUUCAGAAUAAUAUUAUUCAUAUUUUUUCAUUUUGUCACUUCUUGUCUACUUUACAAUAUUUUUUAAAUUUCAGUUUCAUCUCUUCUUGGUUCUUUCUGGGUACAUUUCCAAAAUAUGCCAGAUCUCCUGCUUUUUAGUAUUUCACCCCAGAGGACAUUGCUAACAUCUAGGUUUCAGCAGUGAGUAUUAGGGAGAUAUUUUAGCCAUGGAGCCAAGAUCUCUGUCCAUGUGCAAAUCCAUUACAUCUGACUUGAUAGCCUUUACGGCAGAAUUCUCAAGGAAUACUGCCAUUGGUGUAAACUUCCAAACACUUCCCAGAGAGAAAGGGUUCUUUCUCUUUGUUUGAUAUUACUUUUCUGCAUUAACACCCUGGCACGAAACAUCACUUUUAUUUAGUACACCCGGCUAGGUUGGCCAAACUUCUUCACAUCAUUGAAUUUUAAAUCGAGAACGAUUUGGAAUAAAAAUGGUGAACAACAUUACAGGUAAACUACUUUUCUUGGAAAAAAACCCAAAAAAUAUCAACUUCUGCAACUAGUUAACAUUUUUGGAAGAUGUGUUCUUUCUGGCAUUUAACAGGAUCUUGUAAUUUUGGAAUUUUAGCUGAUGAUCUCUGGCCAAAAAAAUUUUUCACUCUCACACACACAACAAACACACUGUAUGUAUAUAUCAAGCAGACAUGUGCACAAAACAGAACUCAAUCUCAUCCCGGCUGUAAAUCAAUGUUUUAAGUGUUUCAUCCACGUUAUGCUGAAGCAGGAACUGUAGCAGCAGCCAG